AUGGAGGGCAAUUUGGAUUUGGUGCGGCGGCUGUUGCGGGGGUCGCAGCAGGCGGCUGCCUCUCAGGCUUCGCAAGCAUCAUUAGCUGCCUCCCAGCAGCGGGUAUCGGGGGGCCCCCUGGGGGCCCCCUCUGGAUUUAGUUGCAAGAGCUGCGGCAGCGCUACACCCCCUCGCAUUGACCACAGCGGACACCUAAUCUGCGCCGACUGUGGGGCCGUCCAAGAAGGAGAACAGGUUGCAACAAGAGAUGAAGAAGAAGAGUUCGAGCUGCUGCAGUCUACUGCUGCAAUGGGUGCAGCACGUGUUAGGUCUUUGGAUAUGUUAGGGUCCGAUGCCGUUGCUGCAGCGCUUGCUGCUGUGGGCGUAGGGGGCCCCGGGGCCUCCCAGGGGGACCCGAAAGGCGCUGCUGCAGCAGCAGCAGAAACACCUCCUACGGCUGUCCCCGCCCCCUCUGCUGCUGCUGCCGCUGCUGCUACACAAAGGGGUUAUGAUGAGGAUGACGAUGCAGAAGACCAGGAGGAGUGGGGCGAAGGGAUGGGAGGUGCUGCUGCAGCAGGGGCGAGCGAUGCAGCUGCUGCUGCUGUUGCAGCUCGGGUGUCUCGGCAGCAGCAGCAGGCCCUAGGGAACUACUGGCAGCAGCCGCUGCUGUGGCUUAAUGCUGAAGAAGCAGCAGGCGAGACCUUCAGUCCUGAUGGCGCUGUCUCCGAUGCAGCGCUGCUGCGCUGCUGGGCUUUGCUGCUGCAGUGCUGCUGCCGUCUGCUGCAGCAGGAGUUUGGUAUCUCCGAUUUGCUGGAGCUUGAGGCCCGAAAGGUGCUGCUGCAGUACUUGGGCUUUCUGGCUCGUCAUGAGCUGCCGGUAGAGACAUAUUUCUGCAGCAUCUCCUCCAAUGUGAUUAAGAUCCCGACUGGAAGGGUUGUCUCGCAUGCGCAGCAAAUAGCGAAGGAGCUGGAGCAGCAGCAACAGCAGCUACUGCAAGACCCAUCUGUCCCUCCGCUUCUGCAGACAGUGGUUCGCUUUAUGGGCUUAGAUCGCCUGGCUUACGUUCAGCGGCUGAUGCCCGCACGGCAACACAAAAGAGACACCUUCUCCCGCAGACGUCUUCGUCUCCUGACGCGUGCUGAGGCUACCCCGCCGGCCCCAGCAACAGAGACAGCUGCAGCAGCAGCAGCAGCAGCAACAGCAACCACACAAAGAGCAACACAGGCUCCUGCCGUUGUAGGCACCUCGGCGUUCACUCCUGCGCCCCCUUCUUCUCUUCAUUGUGGGGGGACCCCUGGAGCCCCCGUAAAUGAGGAGGCGCUGAAUUUGCAAGACACCGCAGCGACAGGUGCAAUCGUUGCUGCCGCAGCAGCAAACAGCAGCAGCAGCAGCAGCAGCAGCAGCAGUGGGUUGCCCGAGUUCUCUCAAACAAGCCUUGUGGCUGUGCCAUGCACCUUAGCCCCUACAGCUCUGACAACAAGGGAUGAGCGUGCUGCUGAUCGUCUUGCUGCAGCGCAGCGGCUGCUGCCUCUGGUGCAGCAGCGGGAGAGCGACCUAUUAGAGCAGCAGCAGCAGCAGCAGCAAGGGCAGGGUUCAGUCGGGGAGGAAGCGGUGCACGAGAGCCGCCGGCAGCUCCUGGCUGCUGCUUCUUCUGCUGUUGCUGCCUUGGGGACUCCUCUGAAUGCCGCAGAGGCAGCAGCAGCAGCAGCAGCAACGGGAGAGUCAUUCAAACGGCAGCGACACCGCAACAGAGACAGCAACACGCAGACACAAAGGGAGACCCAACGAGAGGAGACACCCAUUCUCGUGUCUCCGUACAUCUCCAGACAGCUGCUGUCGAUGCUGGCACACGAGCGGUCCCUCGCCUUAGCGCUCUGCAUGGCGCCGCACGACGCCCAAGACAGCAGCAGAGAUUGUGAGUUGAGGAGACACUGCAGCAGCAAGGAUGUUCUGUCGGUAGAUGCGGUGUACGAACAUGACUUCCUUUUCUUGCUCCUCUUCCUCAAACACCGGCAGCAACAACAACAGCAGCAACAACAACAGCAACAGCAGCAACAGCAGCAACAGCUGCAACAGCAGCAGCAGCAACAGCAGCAAAGUGGAAGCUCGACACUGCUGCAGCUGUGUGACGCUGCACAAGAAGAACGGCUGGCUGGCGACAAUGAGGUGCCAAUUGACGGAGAUGUAGGAGGAAGAGGAGCAGCUGCAGCAGCAACACCAACCGCGACAGGAACACUGACAGCAGCUGCAGCAGCAUUAACACGAACUGAAGCAGAUGACUCUGAAGAAGACAUACCUCUGGCUUUGCUGCCAGCAGCGCAGCGUCGGAGGUGUCCCUUGAUCCCGCAGGAAUCUCCCUCAUCUGCUGCACAAGCGGGUGGAGGAGCUCCUGCUUCUGCAGCAACAGCAGCAGCAGCAGCAGCAGGAUUCCCUCCUGGCACCCUCCCUAUGAUGGGUGCCUCCUUCCGCUCUAAGGCCCAUCGGAGGUUCUUCAGUCUCCCGGCGUCUCAGCUCCUACCCCUAAACGCUGCAGCAACAGCAGCAGCAACCCCAGCAGCGCCUACGUCUCCUGGGGGAGAGGGGUCGCUGCAGCAUGCAGCUUCGUCGGCAGGCUCCCCCCAGAUUUGUGAACAGCCACGCUUGGCGCUGGAAGGCCCCCGCCUCCCUCAGGACCCUCAGCACCAGCAGCAGGCUCCACAGCAGCUGCAGGACCAAGGACAACAGCAGCAGCAAGAAGAGGAAGAGCACCACCAGCAGGAACAGGAGCACGCGGAGCAGCAAGUGCAGCAGCAGCAGCAGCAUCAACAGCAAGAGGUGCUGCAAGGCAGUGAAGCAGAAGUAGACGCACACAAGCCAAAACGCAGGAGACUAGCGCUUUCUCCCGCUGCCUCUGCUGCAGGCACGACAGAAGAGGCAGCAGCAGACGCUGAGUUGGCCCUGGCAGUCCCUGAUGCUGCUAGCAGCAGCAGCAGCAGUAGGAGCGCGCGUCUGCAGCAGCAGCUGGCUCUUUUGGAGGGCAGGGCAGCAUUGGAAGCAGAGUCCGCUGCUGGGGGUUUGAGUGACGUUGCAGCCGAAGUGCUGGCAAUAGAUCGCCUGGCAGCGCCAGCAGCAGCAGCAGGAGCAGCAGCAAGAGCAGGUGCAGCAGCAGCAGCUGCUGCUGCUGGAUCUAAGGGGAAGAGUUUAAGUCGAGGUGCGUUUGCUGCAUUUGGAGGAGACCCUGGAGUUGGUGCUGCUUUUCUAUUAGAUGCAACAGACGAGAUAACUGGGGGCCUAAGGCGUCACGUAAGGGUCUUGCCUGGGGGCCCCCACGGCUCUGCAGCAGCAGCGCCUGGUGGACGGCAGCUGCAGCAGCAGCUGGAGGUGUUUGAAGAGCGAGAGAAGCAGCUGCUGCUGCAGGUGGAGACACAAAGAGGCGAAGCGCAGCAGAAAGGCCUCUUCCCUGCACUGUCUCCUGAAUGGCUGGGGUAUGUGAAGACGCAGCGGCUACAGGAGCUCUCAGGCCUGUCUCCUUCUUGCUUCUGCGCUGCCUUUGGUGUCUCUUCGCUAGAGAACAACCUUGAGGAGACAGCGGGGGUAAGAGGGGGACGGGGCACAGGGCAGCAGCAACAAUGGGCAGCAGUUGCUGCUGCUGCACAGCAGCAGCAAAGAAGACGCACCAAGGGGCCCCAGGGUACUUGGGGGCCCUCCCUAGAACUAAAUGCAACUGCACUUGAACUCAUGAUUCGCCUUACUGCUGUUCGCGUUGUCUGGAGACGCUCUAUCAUUAAGGCUUGCUUCCUGCACCGCGCACGCAGCAGCAGCAGCAGCAGCAAAAACAGCAGCAGACAACCCGCUGCAGCAGCACUGCCACCCCCAUCCCCAACAGCAGCAGCAACACCAGCCGAAAGUACUGCUGCUGCUGCAUCAGGGGACUCCACAGCAGACAGAUCCCACGCAGCAACCGCACUAGCAGGGACAUCGUCUACUGCAGCAGGAGAGAGCCAGCCCCAAACGACCCAGGGAGAAGGUGCAGCAGCGGGUGGCUCAGCAGCAGCAGCAGCUAAAACUGCUGCUGCUGUAGGGGGCUCGCUGCUGUCCCUGCGGCGCUGCAGCGGGCGUUUCUCUUUACGCCGCGCAGCAGGAGAUGGGCUGGAGGUGUCUUCUGUUCACCCUGAGGCUGUGGGUCCUGCAGCGAUAUUUUCAGGUGUAUGUACAGCUAAUGCGUUGACAGGAAGCCGUCUGCUUUCUCCACACCUGCCCUCCGCGCUGCCCCCUUUAGAUAUGGAUUUGCUGCUGGCUCUGCUGCUUGUAGCCCUCAAGCGCUGCCGCAUUCCCCUGGUUGCUGCUGAUGUCCUCAGGCUGCUGUUGCAGAACCGCAUAGGGUCUCUGUCUCUGCUGCGACUGUCUCCUCCCGCCCUGUGGCACCAAUGCCGCGUGUUUACGGGAGCCCUGCUGCAGCUCUCUGCUAAGUCCAAUUCUGCUGCUUCGGCUGCUGCGCUGCAGCCGCAGUCUCUGCCGCACGCUUUCAGGCUGCAGACGCUGCUACAGGACUUGGGGGCCCUCGGAGUUGGAGGGGGGCCCCCCUCAUACGUUAAUGCUUCUGCCCUCAUAGCGCGCAUAGGUUGGCUACUGCGGCUUCCGCCUCUCGUGCUGCUGCUUGCUAAUGCCUUGCUGCAGCAGCUGCUGCCAGGCCAAUUGCGGCUGCUGCAGCAGAAACUGCGGUCUUCUCAGGAGUACAGACACAUCAAAAUACCAAAGAAGCCUCCUUUUGUUCCCUCACAAAUUCAAAUGCGCCAGCGGAGGCCGCCUCCUCUUCUCAUUCGCAAAGGCGUAAGGGCCCUCCGCAGCAGUCCUGCAGCAGCAGCAGCUGCUGCUGCUGCUUCAGGGGACAAAGAAACCCAAGGAAAGGACAACGGCCCCAACAAACGCAGGAAAACGAUGGCAACAGAAGAAACAGCAGCAGCAGCAGCAGCAACAGCAGCAGCAUCAGCAGCAACGGAGACAGAGCCUGUCAAUGGGGGCGUAGGAAACAGUGACGAUGCUGCAGCUGCAACAGCUGCAGCAGCAGACUCAGCUGGGUCUCCGCAGCCACCUGAGGGAUCCGCACCUCAAGCAGCAGCAGAAGGCGCAGCAGCAAGAAAUAGAAAUAAGGCUGAUGAAGGGGACAGCAGCAGCGAAGGCGGCGAAUUGUCUUUGUUGCUGCAGCAAGGGGAGCCCAGCAGCGAUGGCGGGACCGAUAGGGGGGGCCCCCUCAGCAGCAAGUCAGCAGCAUCAGCAGCAACAGUAGCAGGAGCAGCACAUCCUGCUGCUGCUUCUGCUGGUGGACGUAGAAAGCAGUAUAAGAGGGGCCCCUGGCGCCUGCGCUGGUCGCGCCAAAGAGGAGACCCUUGGGGCCCCCAGGGGGCCCCUCAGAUAUCUCCUUCUGGGGUCCCUGAGACGCACAGCGACGCCUGGCGGCUGCUAACCCCGCGCAGCAAAUCGAAUGCCUGGGGCUGUCCUUUGGAGAUGGCUGCGGGGGCCUCCAUUCUUGUAGCACUCAGGCUCCUCUACGGCAUCAUGCAAUGGCAGCCUGCUGCAGCUCCCACCAUUUGCGGCAGCAGCAGCAACAGCAGCAACAGCAACAGCAGCAACAGCAACAGCAGCAACAGUGAGCAACCAGGAAAAAUGGAAGCGGCGGUGAGAGAUGCUCUGAAGCUCUGCGCACAGACACAAGAAGAGCUGUCGGGUAUGCACAUUGGAGGCAGCAGCUCCAGCAGCAGCAGCAGCAGCACUUGUGGCGGCAGCAGCAGCAACGUUAAUGGCCCUGAGCGGCCAUUGCCCCAGCCGCACUACUGUGAGAAUGCGAAUCCUGCAGCAGCCCAAGACACCUCUAGCAGCAGAAGCAGCAACCGCAAUAGCAGCAACGCCACACGUAGCAGCAGUGACAGCAGCAGCAGCAGCAGCAGCAGCAAAGUUGACGGCCCCUUGGCUGCUUUUGGGGGGCCCUUGUCUCCUCGGAGGCUGCCCCUGCAGGUGCUGCGCUGGGGAACCGAUCGUUUUUUCGUUUAUCUCGAUGGCCUGACGUUGAUGUGGGUAGUUGGCGUGCGCCAGUCCGCAGCAGCAGCAGCAGCAGCAGCUGGUGCAGCCGCUGCUGCUGCAGCGUAUGCUGCAGAACCUGCUGCUGAAGCAGCAGCAGAUGGCUUCACCCUGUACUUCUUCCCUGCCAAAGAAAUUGGAGAGCGACGCGCAGGCAGAAAAGCCAUCCGCUUUUUGUUGCUGCUGCAUUUUCAUCAAAAGCAGCAGCAGCAACAGCAGCAGCAGCAACAGCAGCAGCAACAACAACAACAGUCUCGUCCGACCGAGCUACUGCCAGCUCCCAUUCUUCGUUUGCUGCUAAUUCCAGAGGGUGGAGACUUGGUGGGGUUGCUGGAGUACUUUGAAUCCCUUGUAGCGGAGGCAGAGGAGACAGAAGGCAGCACUUUUUCAAUCUGUGGGGGCGGCGAGGCUGAGGAAGUGCUGCUGGAGCAGCAGCUGCUGCUGGCCUACGCAGGGACGGCGCCGCAGUCGCGGCGCCAGCAACAGCAGCAGCAGCGGCAGCAGCAGCAGCAGCAGCAGAUUUCCUUGCCUUCGUGGUGUUGGGGCAGCCAGCUUCCACCACCGCUCGUCUCUCCUGCAGCAUCUGCUGCUGUCGCCAGGGCCUUUGAAGCUGCGAGCUCAGCGUCCCUGGCUUCUGCUGCUGCUGCUGCUGCUUCACAGCACGCGCAGCAGCAGCAGCAGCAGCAGUUCGAGUCCGCUGUUCGUGGGCUGCUAGCAGCGGAGGCAUCAAUAGAGCAUUUGAUGGAGACAAUGCCAACGAAUCGGCAGCUGUUAUUUCGUCUGCUGUCUCCUGCAGCAGCAACGGCAGAUGCAGCAGCAGCAGCAGGCAGCAUUCAGCUGCCAGUAGUUGUUGAGGGAGACAGAACAACUGUACUAGACACCGACUUGGGGAUUAAGAGUUGGGCCUUAGGCCCUUUGCUGCAGCAGCAGCAGGCGCUUCAGAGGGCAGAAGAGCUGCUGAUCUGCCGUCCCCUUCAUUCGCAGGCUGCUGCUGCGCUCGCUGCAGCACGAAACAAAGCUGCUGCUGCUGCUGCUCCCGCUGCAAACCCGCAGGUACAGCGGCGCCAGCAGCAGCAGCAAGAAAGUGGCGCUCUCGUGGAGGCAGAAGGAGACACUAUGCCGCUUGCAGAAGCAGCAGAAGAUCUUGAGAGGGCUGUGGAGCGUGCUGCGGCAGCAUUUGGCUACAUUAGCAUGCAGCAGCAGCAGCAGCAAGAGAGGCAGCAGCAGAAACGCCGAACAAAGCACGACCGUCACCACAAGAAGAGAAGCCGCCGUUGCGAACGCAGCAGCAGCAGCAGCAAGCGCAGCAGCAGCAGCAGCAGCAGCAGGCCUACGCAUUUUGAGGUGUACAGGUACUCUGUUAGUGCAGCAGAGGCCUGCGAACCGUGUGUGCUGCUUCCGCUGCAGCCCCACAGGGCUGCAGUGGUGCAGCUGUUUGCUCAGGAAAUAAUUGAAGAGUUGCCGUUGCUGCCGCUGCCUAAACCACCUAAAUCUGCUGCUGCAGCAGCUGCUGCUGCUCGCCUGGAGGCGCUGCACUGCCUGCGGCGGCAGCAGCAGCUGCGGCUGCAGUGGCUAGGGUCUCCUUAUGUUUGCUACGAAGGGACAGCAGAGUCGCUCUAUGUGCUCCUGGCAGCUUCGCUGCUGCAGCAGAUGGGCGCUGCUGACGAUUUGCUGCAACAACCCGCAGCAGAUGGAGAAGAGACAGUUGGGGAGUUGCUGCUGAGGGAUUCACCGGCAGCUGCAGCGGCAGCAGAAAACCAGAGUCUUGUAAAUGCGGUGGCGGAGCUGCUGGAGCCGUACAAGAAUGCAGCAGCAGCAGCUGCUGCUGCUGCAGCCCAGCAGCAACAACACUCUUCCUCCGCAGCAGCAACAGCCGCACCUGAAGGCUCCGCAUCCUUGUGCGCCUCGCCUACGGUCGGCUCUGACGAACAGUCGCCUAGAGGGCCCCAACUGCAGCAGCAAGACCAGCAACAGGACCAGCAGCAACAGCUGGAGGACCAGCAGCAGCAGCAGCAGCAGCAGGAUCAGCAGCAGCAGCAGCAGGAUUCUCUCGACGCAUUGCACAGCAAGUACUGGGCCCCCAACUGGUCGUUCAGUUCGUUUGCUGCUGCUGCUGUUCCUCUUCGCUUCGGCUUGAGGGACGGCAGCAGCAGUUUCUUAGAGGGAGGAGGCUGCGGCCCCGGCAGGGCUUUGCCUCUGAGGCUGGAGGCUGCAUGCAGUUUUGCAACAAGCCGUCUCCCCUUUAUGUACACCGUCGCAUUAAUGAAGGUCGCAGAUCAGCUUGGUGUGGGGCCCGCAGAGCUGCACUCGGUUGCUCAACAGUGUGAGCGUUGGGUCGUGCAGAAGUUCUUCCGCGACCACCUUCAAACCCGCUGGCCUCUCUAA